CCCUCCCCCUCCCCUCUCUGUGUAGACCAGGCUGCCUGCCCCUAACUCCCAAGUGCUGCGAUUAAAGGUGUACACGCACCCUAUUGCCCAUCCUGUUUAUUUUCAAAGCAACAUGUUCUUAUUUUAUAAAUUUAUUUUCUUUUGUCUUUAGGAAUAUUUUCUUUUGCUUCCUGUAAUGUGUAUGUCUCCCCAUGUCUAACCCAUGUUUUAGUCUUUCAUUGCUCUAAACCUGUCUCAAAUAUCUAGUCAACUAUGGUUUUCUUCUCAUACUUGACAGAGCCAUUAGAUGUAUUUUUGCUGAGGACCUGUAUGAUAGAUAGAUUUUGUUAUGGUGUAAUUAGGCCAGUUUUUUGAUGGUUUUGUUUUCAGACCUUGCGUUUUAUCAUCUAUAGGUCCUCUCUUUACUUGGUUUUUCUUCAUUUAACCCUUCACCUUUGUGUUUGAGUGGUAGGCGAUGACUGCUGUGAUGGGCCUGGAUGCUUGCAUUCUAGAAGACCAGGAGAGACACUGAAAUUCUCAGUUUGUAGUUCAUUUCAUUUACUCCAGCCCUCAGCAGGAUUAGUCAGCCUAGAAUCCUUCUAGUUGGUUGAUUCAGCCUCAUUACUCAGCAGAGCUCCAGCCAUUAUGCUUAGUGUGUAUUAAAGUGAUAAGUUGAUAUGUUUGACCAUUUAAAUCAGCCCUGCUUUUAAAGCAGCUCAAGUCCUCCUCAACACACGACUGUAGUUUGCGUACAGUUGGCCGGCUUCUGGUUGUUUUCUACUGUAGCACUUGCUACCCAUGUAAGUACCUACCUGACUCAAAAAAGCUGAAAGCGAAGUUUAUUGUUUUCCUGUGUACAUUCAUUUCACCUUCCCAAGCUUUGUUGACUUCUCUUGUCUGUUGCUAUCUCAUUUCCAGUCUUCUUUACCUUAUGAGUUUAUACCUUUCACUAUUCAAUAUCAGUAAUAAUUGCGAGAAUCUGAGCGGUCCUAUGUUUACUCCAUUACUUUCCACUUAAGUAAAGGAGUCUUCUCUUUUUCUUUCUUUUUUUUUCUUUCUUUUUUCUUUUUCUAUUUUUUGUUUGUUUGUUUUAAGUUUUAAACAGGGUCUCUGUACAUAAGUCCUGGCUGUCCUGGAACUCAUUAUGUAAACAGGCUGACCUCAAACUCACAGAAAUCUGCCCAAGUCUGCCUCCCAGGUACUUGGCUUAAAGGUGUGCACCCCUCACCAUGACCAGCUUUAAAAGACUCUGACACAGACUUGCUCUUUCAUUUCUUCUAGCAGUUAGAACAGUAUUUCUGUAGCAACUAAUUACUUCUAGAUAACUUUUGUUGAUUACCUUCUUUCUACUAAAUAACUAAACUUGAGCUCUCUUCUCUUUGGUCUAGCAUAGCAUGACAGAAUAUCUUAACAUUUGAUUGUGGGUAUUAAGACUUGGUUUUUUCAAUCUUGGCUUGGUGAAAAAAAGCUUUAGAGGUUUUCUUUUGUUCUUCUUGCUGCUAGAGCCUUUUUUGUGUUUUCUUCCUUAGGUCUGACUUUUAUUACAUCUUAUACUUCGAACCAUAUGAAAUUGUCAGUAGGUGAGCAGUUUGGGCCUACAAAGUAAAUUUUAUGUGAUCAGCUUUCAGAGUUAAAUAAAUAGCUUAAUAGCCAAGUUAAUAGACUCCUCUGUCUAGUGUAGAAAUUCAUCCUGAUCAUUCACAGGAAUAUUCUAGUAGGAGGAAAGAUUGAGACAAAUGGGAAUUCUUUAUGCUAAGUAAAGGGAAAGUUGUAAUCCCUAUUGAGUAUUGAGCUAACUAAGCUAGAGCCAUGCUAGAGUCCUCUGUGCAGCACAAGCUGCACAAGCACAAGCUGCACAGUGCCUGACAAUGCAGCCACUGACCCAUAAUCCUUAAUACUAGCUGCUAGGCCAGUCCUUAUAUAGAUAGGGUUUGAGCAAAUAUCAAGGUAGCUGAAAUCAUAGUAUUACCUUGUUUACUCUGCAUUCAGUUUUCCUUUGAAUGCCAAUUUCCCCUGUUCAUUAUAAAAUAAUCUGUAUGGAUUUUUUUUAUAUACCUAUCUGUGUAUCACAUGUUGUGAAUUGCCAUGUAAGUAGUGGAACAGCAGCCAGUGUUCUUUACCGCUGAUCUAUCCUUCUAUCUCUUGUGUGAUUUUCUUUAGCAAUAGAGCUUUAAAGUGUUUUUUUAAUUUUGUACAAACAAAACACACAAUAGUAAAGGGAGCAUUAUAAGAGUUGCCUUGUUUGUUUUUUGAGGCAAGGUUUCUCUUUGUAGCUCUGGCUGGCCUAAACUCAGCAUGUAGACUAGGGUAGCCGUGAACAUAGAGAUCUGCCUGCUGCCUCCUGAGUACUUCUAAGAUGUGCAAUUAUAUCCAGCUAAGUUAUGUUGUUUUUAAAGACUUGAAUUAUUUGGGGUAUUUAAGAUAGAAUGUAAGAAUUAAGAAUGUAUAUUGUAAUUGCAAUCACUCAAAGAAAGACACACAAUGACUAAGACUGCUUAAUCAAAAAGAAUUUAAGAGGAAAACAGAUAUGCGGGGUAUGAUGGUGUGUGGCUACAGUCCUUGUACUAUACUGAAGCUGGACCAGUAUGAUUGCCAGAUGUUCAUGGCCAGCCUGGGCUAUGAAACCAGACAGUCAAAUUGAGAAGAGGGAUAAGGAGGAAGAGAGGAAAACAGCAGAAGAGAGGAGAGAGAACAAAGCUAAAUGAUAGAAAAUAUACAACAGUUGUCCCUUGAUAUUUAGAGAGGGAAUUGAUUACAGUUCCCUGUCAUUCCUCAUGGACACUAAAUUUAUAGGUCAAUUAUCAUAGAUGAAGAAACUAAGAUAUUCCAUGACAAAACCAAUUACACAAUAUCUUUUCACAAAUCCAGCCCUACAAAGGUUAAUAGAUGGAAAACUCCAACACAAGGAGGGAGACUACACCCUAGAAAAACCAAGAAAGUAAUCUUCUUGCAACGACACCAAAAGAUGAUAGCCACACAAACAUAAUUCCACAUCUAACAACAAAAAUAACAGGAAACAAUCACUAUUCCUUAAUAUCUCUUAACAUCAAUGGACUUAAUUCCCCGAUAAAAAGACAUAGACUAACAGACUGGAUACGUAAGCCGGACCCAUCAUUUUGCUGGAUACAGGAAACACACCUCAAUGACAAAGACAGACACUACCUCAGAGUAAAAGGCUGGGAAAAUUUUUUCUGAGCAAAUGGUCCCAAGAACCAAGGUGGAGUAGCCAUUCUAAUAUCAAAAAAAAUCGACUUUCAACCAAAAGUUAUCAAAAAAGAUAAGGAAGGACACCUCAUACUCAUCAAAGGAAAAAUCUACCAAGAUGACCUCUCAAUUCUGAACAUCUAUGCUCCAAAUGCAAGGGCACCCACAUUCAUAAAAGAAACUUUACUAAAGCUCACAGCACACAUUGCACCACACACAAUAAUAGUAGGAGACUUCAACACACCACUCUCAUCAAUGGACAGAUCAUGGAAACAGAACUAAACAGAGACAUGGUAAAACUAACAAGUUAUGAUUUAAACAUAUUUAUAGAACAUUUCAUCCUAAACAAAAGAAUAUACCUUCUUCUCCGCACCUCACGGCACCUUCUCCAAAAUUGACCAUAUAAGUUGCCACAAAACAGGUCUCAGUUAGAUACAAGGAGACUGAAAUAAUCCCAUGCAUCCUAUCAGAUCACUAUGGACUAGGGCUUGUCUUCAAUAACAACAAAAACAACAGAAAGCCCACAUACACACGGAAGUGACAACUUGGUCAAGGAAGAAAUAAAGAAAGAAAUUAAAGACUCUUUAGAAUUUAAUGAAAAUGAAGGCACAAUAUAUCCAAACUUAUGGGACACAAUGAAAGCAGAAAGAAGAAAACUAAUAGCUUCUGAGUGUCUCCAAAAAGAAACAGGAGAGAACAGACACUAGCAGCUUGACAUCACACCUGAACGCUCUAAAACAAAAAGAAGCAAAUACACCCAAGAGGAGUAGACAGCAGGAAAUAAUCAAACUCAGAACUGAAAUCAACCAAGUAGAAACAAAAAGAACUCUACAAAGAGUCAAAAAAAAAAAAAAAAAAAAAAAAAAAACCAGGAAGAGCUGGUUCUUUGAGAAAAUCAACAAGAUAAAUAAACCCUUAGCCAGACUAACCAGAGGGCACAGAGAGUGUAUUCAAAUUAACAAAAUCAGAAAUGAAGACAGGCAUCCUAAAUGCAUGAGAAACCAAGUAACAGUAGAAAAUCAAGUAGCUUAUAUGUAGUAUAGGAACUGUCUGCCCGUGGAUCAGUUUUCCAGAUAUAUCUGUGAGUUGAGAAGCAACAGAAAUAAUGAGAAGCCAAAAUGGAUGAGGUUUCAGGAAAGACUGAGCUGUAGUUUUAAUCCUAUCUCAGUAUCAGCCUUGAAGAAACGCUUGUUCAUGCAGGCUUGUAUAGGUAGUGUUGUUUGUACAAGCAAAAAUAGGGAAAUACUCUAAAGGUCAUUCAGAGUGGCUAGGUAAACUGCUGUUUGUCCACGCUGUGAGAUACAUGGCAGCAACAGAAAAUGGUAAUAUGUAGGCCAUAUGUACUGAGAAUAGCUUAGGAGUAAAUUGUUGGAUUUUUAUUUUUCAACAUUUUAUGUUUUAAUUUACAAAAAUUAAUACAUUUUAUCAUAUACAGUGAUGGUUUGAUAUAUAUAUGUGUGUACACAUAUUGUCAAAUAGAUAGAUUAAACUUAUUAGCAUGGCAUUACCACAGAUACUUUUUUUUAUAGAAAGAACACUUAAAAUUUGUUUUACAGAAAAAUUAUUAUUGUUACUAAUUUUAGAUGUCAUUUUAUUAUAUAACAGAUCUCUAUCUAAUUUUUUUUUGUUUGUGGCCAACAUCUUCCCAGUUAAUCCAGCAUACUGAAUUUUUUUCAAGGAGUUUCAAACCAGUUAGGAGGCAGAGGCAAGAAGGUAAAGAGGUCCAGGACAGCCUGAUAUACAUUAGAGAACCAGGAGAUGGGAGAAUUGGAAAAGAUAUAACACGACAUAAGCUGGGUCAGAAAGGAAACAAACAAAUUUGUGAUUACAGACAAAACUAUGGUUUUUAAAUACAUAUGUAUGCAAAUUCAUAUUAAAGGAUGUGAAUUACAAUGAUUAUAACAGCUAAAUAUUCCAAAAGUAAUUAUAGAUUUAAAAAAUAAAAACCCCCAAUGGAAAUGUAUCACAUUACUACAAUAUUCUAAUUGGUUUAUAAAUGAGUUUAUCUUGUUCUUCAUGUACUGUACUGAUUGUCUUAAUUUUGUGGAGUUUUAUUUGCUGGUUCUUUUGGGUGUUUUGAGAUAGGUCCUCACUUUAUAGCAAAGUUUGUCUUCUUACACUCUAGGUAAACCAGCCUAGUCUUGAAGAGGUAGUAAUCCUCCUGCCUCACCCUCUUGAGUUUUAGUAUUAUACAUGUGCCCCAUCAAGCAUGGUCCUCAGCUCCGGAAAAAAAGAAAGAAAGAAAAAAAAAGAAAUGGGAAAUAAGUGACAAAAAUAACAAAUUAAUUCUUAAAAUGGAACAGAAGAACAGGUAGAAUUUAAAUAGAAAGAUCAUCUAGUUGGCAGGUAGGGCUGAUUGAUAAGGAGAAAAACCUAUAGUGUUUUAGAAAUUUUAGUUUGUUUUUUUAUAUAAAUAUUAUUGUCUGUGGUGCGUGUGUACAUGUGCAUACUUGCACCAGUGUCUCAUGAAACUACUCUCUGCUUCUUCAUCAUUGUUCCCUUUCAUUUAUUCACUGCAGUCCUGGCUGUUCUCGAGCUUCCUUCCUAUUUAGACCAAAGUGGCCUCAAACUCAGAGAGAUCUGCCUACCUUUGCCUCCUGAGUGAAGGGAUAAAAGGCGUGUACUACCAUGCCUAGCAUCAGACAUUGCUUUUAUUUAAAAAAAAAUAAGAAAGCCAACUGUUCCAAUGUAUCUUAAAGAAAAUGUAGAGAUCACUAACAUGAAAACUUGACUUGGUAAAUGUGGCUGCUGCUUAACUCAGCUAUUAUUAGGGUUUCAGGGGGUUUGUUUUGUUUUGUUUUUUGUUUUUUAUUUGUUUGUUUUUGGUUUUUUUGGAGAGGGCUAUGAACAUAAUUUAACUUUUUGUAGCUUAAUGAAUUGUACUUCUUUCAGAACUGUUUUACACUGACAGUUGCUUGGCCUUUUACAAAUUACAGAAGUUAAUUUGCUUCAGGUAUCUUAUUUGUUAUCUAUUGGGAGAUUAUCAUAGUAAAUUUUCUUUUACAUAACAAAAAUCGGUAUCACUUCAGAGCUUGGAUUGCAUAAGUAACCCUACAAUUGGUAGCAUUAUUGAUGAAGAUUUCUAGAUAUCAAUUUCAUCCCUUGCUUUAAAGCCAGGUAAUAAUCAUACUUCUUUUGGAACAGUUUUUUAGACAUUAGUUUACAUAUGUGUGCAAAUUUAAAAUUAGUAAAUUUUAUUAGCAUUUUCAUUUCCAUUCUACAGAUACUUAAUCAUUUCAUACCUCUGUGUUUUUUCUGUGCCCCUCACCCCUUCUCCUUUUGAGCAGGAACUCACAUAACCCAGCUGGUCUUGAACUUGAACUUUUGACCCCCUCCCUCUUCAGCCCACCUAUGCUAGAAUCACAGACCUAUGUCAGAACAAGCUGUCUCAUGAACUACUUGCAAAAUUAUUACAAAAACUUGGACUCAAACUUCCAGUAUUUUUAUAUCCCAAAGUUCAUCACUUUUUAUAACUGUUAUCCCUAGUAGCACUGUUGUGUAACACUAAGUCCUCUAGGAUUGUACCCUCCUUAAUAAAGAGUGUGCUUCAUCCCACUCCUAAUGUAUCUGGAAGUCCUUGCUCUGAAAUGAUGUGCUUUUGCAUAAUGAAGUUCUGUUAUGUCCUUACAACUUGAUUGAUUGAUUGAUUGGAUUGAUUGAUUGAUAGUUGGCACUGCAGUUAUUUCUACUAGAUUUUCACAAAAGGCUGGUUAAACUCCACAAAGUGGUUUAAAGAUUACAGUUUAUUUCCUAUAACUCUCAGACAGGACACCAUAGUGGUGAAAUAGCCAUAGCUAAAGUACUUUAGGUGUGUCCAGCUUUAGAUAAACUUACCUGUAACUUAGAGUGUGUGAAUUCAAGUUUUCAAACUGUUACUGAGCUUGCUGGGGAGACCAGAUUGACCUUGAACUCACCAAGAUCUGUGUGCCUCUGCCUCCCCAAAUUCUGGGAUUAAAGGCAUGUGCUAUGCCCAGGGAGUUUCAUUUUUAUAUACAUGUAUACAUGAAUAGCAAAACAUCUAAAGCUACCUGUUGCCUUUUUUAGUGUGGUAUUACAGAUACUGAUUCAGUUUUUUGCUACAAUGUAUUAAAAAUCUAAAAGGUUUUUUUUUGUUGUUGUUGUCUUUUGUUUGUUUGUUUGUUUGCUUGCUUGCUUGCUUGGUUUUUUGCCAAAUGAUAUAUACAAAGACUACUGCCAGCUUUAGAAGUAGAUUGUUUGACAAGUAAGGGGAAAGUACUAGAAGGUGGGGCAAAAAUUUCAAAGACAAGCAGAAUACAGAAUUGCUAAGUGACUGGUGCUCUUCUUCUUUACCCAUGGCUGGACUCUAAUCUAGCUAUGGCGUUUUUCCAGAUCUCUGAACCGAUUGGGAUGUAUUCGAAUACCGUGAUGGUCAUUAACAGUGUAAAUGUAAGCUCCAGGACCUGAGUGCAUACCUUUAACCAGUUCACAAAGGGUAUAUGACUCUUAUGAUCCUAGGGAGGAUUCUUGUCUUUCUCCACAGAAAUAGUUAAGUGUUGCCGAUUUUUUUUUUCACAAACUCCAAAACAAGGGCACUGUUAUUUGAAUACUAGAAUAUGAGAAAGAGAAAAAUAAAGAUUAUAAAGCUGUGGACUUUUGUGCAGGUUAUGUUUCUGUCUUUCUCGAUGUUAUUUUGUUACCUUUAUUAUUGUCUAUUCAUCAAAGAAAACAACACACACACACACACACACACACACACACACAAACACACACACACACACCUACCUUCCCAUUCUUCAAAAUAAGCCAGACUUAGAGAUUGUAAUUUUUUCUGUAAUGGCUCAGGUAGUUAAAUAUUUUUUUUGACUAAGGACCCCGUUUCACAUUCAUUCAUAAUGAUAUUUUAACAUAAUUAUUUGCAUUAAAGUAAUUAGACUUUGUCUUACUAGGCAAAGAAAUGAAUUUCCACAAGAAAGGCAGUCAAAUUUGGUCUCUUUAACCCUAAGUCCUCUUAUAUUCUGGUACAUUAAGCAUUUAUAUCCCUUUCAGUUCAAUUAAGAUUCUUAUUCCCUCCCUUUUUAUUUACCCAGUGCUAUUCAGUGCUAGAUGCUCUAACACUGAGCUAAACUCCAGCCUCCUUCCCUCCUCAAUUCAUGAUUGAUACUUAAUGUGUACUGUCUUUUGACAUUUUUUACCUACUUCCAUUUCUAUUUUUGAAUAGAAAGAAUCUUAGAACUGUAAUAUGGGUUUGGUUUUAGAUUACCAUGUUUCCUGGCAUACAUGUGUUCUCUGUCUGUCUGUCUGUCUGUCUGUCUGUCUCUCUCUCUCUCUCUCUCUCUCUCACUCACACACACACACACACACACACACACACACACACACACACACAGACCUUUUUAAGCAGACUUUUUUUCUUUGUGAUAGGGUCUCACUGUAGAGUCCAGAUUGACCUCAGCUCAUGAUCUUAGCUCCAUCUCCUAAGUGUGCUGGGAUUAGAGGUGUGGAUCACUAAUUUCAGCUUGAGACUCCAUUUCAUUUUCUGUGACAAGAAAAGCAGUUACUGCAGAAGUUUACUGUAAGCCAACUAACUUUGCACUUGAAUUAUUUUAAUCCAGUGGUCCUCAACCUUGUUAAUGCUGCACCGCUUCAAUGUAAUUGUUCAUAUUGUGGUGACCCCAAAACAUGAAAUUAUUUUCAUUGCUACUUCAUAACUAAAUUUCACUACUGUUAUAAAUCAUGAUAUAAUAAAUAUCUGAUAUGUAGGAUAUUUGAUAUGUGACCCUGUGAAAAGGUUGUACAACCCCCAAAGGGGUCAUAACCCACAGGUUGAGGACUGCAGUUUUAGUCUGUUAGUUUCAGUAUCAGGUUAUAUUUGCAUACUCUGCAUCAUAAAUAUGGGCCAUUUUCCACGUUUACUCAUAGUUGCUCUAGUUGUUACUUUCAAGCUUUGAAAGUUUUUUUUUAAGCAGGGUAACCCUAUUCUGUUUAUGGUUUUUAAGAUGCAAGAUUUAAGUUUUUGGAGCCUGCCUUGGUUUAAAUUUAGUGUAUAUUGUCGGUGAUUCCAAAGGUACAGUGUCUCUGUAGAAUGAAGUGAGAGCGUCGUCUUGCAUUCUAUUUGUAAGUAAUUGGAAGCCAGUGCAAUGGAGUAAUUGAGAAUAGCCUUGCAAGAAACUUUAUUUUAUUUUCAAAUUAAUUUUUCCAUUUUCUUGGCUGAGAAUAUAAUAACAUAAUAAUUCUAUUGAGGUUUUGGAGAAGGUUCCUGAUUUAUCUGAAAAGCCCUUACUCUAGCACAAACUUGAAAGGGAUGUUUUGAGAAGUCAGUAGGACAAUAGAUCUGAAUUCUGAUUGUACAUCCGGAGUUUACACCUACAAAAGCCACAAACCUAGCACAGGGCCUAAUCCUGCUCAUGGAAAUGGAGAAGAGAGCAUUGUAGGCACAAAACCAGUGGAUACCAACAAGUUCUGCCCUCAUUUGGAAGAGGAGGCUGGCUCAUUUAGAGGAAGAGUGGCCAGCGAUCUUUGGAUCUCCCCUGAGGUUGUCACUUUCCGUUUCCCUUUAUCUGAAUCGAUGCACUCUAAGCUGGUCUAUUUGGUUUUUGUGCCCGUUUUUAAAAAUACUUUGUUCCAACAAGAGAGGCAUUCACCUCUGGAGGCCGCCUUAGCCUUUAACUUGAGCCUGGAGUUGUAGUCACCGUCCAAGUAUGCUCCCUGCACCUGACAUUCCUUCCCACAGGAGCCUCUCGGUGAAUAAGAGGAAAGGCUCGGCCAAUUAUACUAGACAAAGCCGUACAGCUGCGAGUCAGCUGGGAGGAGUUUCCGUUUGGAGCUGGAGCUGGUGUCGGCUGGCGCUCCCACCUCCUUCUCCCCCCUCCCCACCACCCCCUUGUAUUCUCAGAGAUUACCUGGGUGGAGGCCGGGCCCUGACUCCAGAACAGGGCAGUAGAUGCUGCCAUAGCGGCAGGUGCCACCCACCUCCAGCCUCGGCCUCAAGAGCAAAAACCCAAGGUUCAGGUGGUACCCGGCACCCUGCCUGAAGGUUGGCGGGAGGGGAAGGGGUGGUCCUUACGGCUGGACCCUCCAGCUGACACAGGAAGUGCGGGGAGAGCCUGGCACUGGGUUGGGAUCCGCCCCGCCUGCCGCUCCUAGGCUGUGCUGUCUCCGUAGAACAAUGAAGUGCUUCCAAGUUUGCUGAGACUCCUGGGGAAUCCAUCGAACUCUGUCAGCCUUCAAAUGUGCCGCCAGUGACUUCCCCCUAGAAGCUGUGUUUUAAUAAAAGAAGAAAAAGACACCCUUGCCGGGUAGAUCGCUUUGUUAGGAGAUCCUCACGACCAUGGUCCAGCGCUUUAGCCUCAGGCGGCAGCUCUCCAAGAUCGAGCGUUUGGAAGUAAGCAGCCUCGCCCAGACUUCCAGUGCCGUGGCCUCCAGCACCGAUGGCAGCAUCCACACAGAGUCUGUGGAUGGAAUACCAGAUCCUCAGCGCACAAAAGCUGCCAUUGCACACCUGCAGCAGAAGAUCCUAAAGCUCACAGAACAGAUCAAAAUUGCACAGACAGCCCGAGACGACAACGUUGCUGAAUACUUGAAGCUUGCCAACAGUGCAGACAAGCAGCAGGCUGCUCGCAUCAAACAGGUGUUUGAGAAGAAAAACCAGAAAUCUGCACAGACUAUUCUCCAGCUGCAAAAGAAGCUUGAGCAUUACCACCGAAAGCUCCGUGAGGUGGAACAGAAUGGGAUCCCCCGGCAGCCUAAGGAUGUCUUCAGGGACAUGCACCAGGGUCUGAAGGAUGUGGGUGCAAAGGUGACUGGCUUCAGUGAAGGUGUAGUGGACAGUGUCAAAGGUGGAUUUUCCAGCUUCUCCCAGGCUACCCAUUCAGCAGCAGGGGCUGUCGUCUCCAAACCCAGAGAGAUUGCCUCACUGAUUCGGAACAAAUUUGGUAGUGCAGACAAUAUCCCUAACCUGAAAGACUCAUUGGAGGAAGGACAAGUGGAUGACGGGGGAAAGGCUUUAGGGGUGAUUUCAAACUUUCAGUCAAGUCCAAAAUACGGUAGUGAGGAAGAUUGUUCUAGUGCCACUUCAGGCUCAGUAGGAGCCAACAGUACCACUGGGGGCAUUGCUGUAGGAGCGUCCAGCUCCAAAACAAACACCCUAGACAUGCAGAGCUCAGGGUUUGAUGCACUGCUGCAUGAGGUCCAGGAGAUCCGGGAAACCCAGACCAGACUGGAGGAGUCCUUCGAGACCCUCAAGGAGCACUACCAGAGGGACUACUCCUUAAUAAUGCAGACCUUACAGGAAGAGCGAUAUAGAUGUGAACGACUAGAAGAGCAACUGAAUGACCUGACAGAGCUCCACCAGAAUGAGAUCCUGAACUUAAAGCAGGAGUUGGCCAGCAUGGAAGAGAAAAUCGCCUAUCAGUCAUAUGAACGGGCCCGGGACAUCCAGGAGGCCCUGGAGGCCUGUCAAACCCGCAUUUCCAAGAUGGAGCUGCAGCAGCAACAGCAGCAGGUGGUGCAACUGGAAGGGCUGGAGAAUGCCACUGCCCGAAACCUUCUGGGCAAACUCAUCAAUAUCCUCCUGGCUGUCAUGGCAGUCCUCUUGGUCUUUGUGUCCACGGUAGCCAACUGUGUGGUCCCCCUCAUGAAGACACGCAACAGGACGUUCAGCACUUUAUUCCUUGUGGCUUUCAUUGCCUUUCUUUGGAAGCACUGGGAUGCCCUCUUCAGCUACGUGGACCGACUCUUCUCACCUCCCAGAUGAUGCUGGCACUUCUCACCGUCUGGCGAGUGCAUGCCAAGAGAGCUAGACAGCAGCAUUACCCACUCUGAAGUUUUCUACAAGAGAGUUGAGUGAAUCUGUUUACAUUUAGAAUAAUGUUUUUUUCUUCAAGAGACGCAAUUGCAAUAGUAUUUUUUAGAUUUUAUCCAAGAAGUUUUUUGGGCAAAAAUCUUGGAUCAUUUUUAUGUAGCAUGAUUUUCCUUGGGAUGCAAAUCUGAAACAGUCCUUUAACAUGAACAAUCUGCAACACACUGAAGGGCAUUCUGAAUUGAUGCUUGGAGUACUGCACUAAACCCACUAAACAGAUGCAAAAACCUGACCAGGCCCAACACCCACCCUGCCUGGGCUCCUCUCCUCAUCCAGACUAACUCUACUGUGAAGUCCCACCACAUUCCAGUUUGGAAUUUUAGAUUCAGGGUGGAUUUCCCCUGCCGUGGAAGAACACAGGCAUCUCCCUAGCUUUCUCAUGCUAACCCUGAAAUAUGAUCACUUCUGAACCUGCUCCUUUCUUAACUGCCAGGAUUGGAGGCAAGAUCAUCAAGCCCAUAGGAUGACCAUGCAAUCCUGUUCAGUAUUGUGAAGUAGCCCUUAAUCCUAACUUUUAAGCAAAAUCCCUUGGCCGCACUUUUAAGGUUUGGUUGUUUGUUUUUUUAUAUAUAUAUGUGUAUAGUUACCAACUUAAAAAUAAAAAAUCCGAACAACAUACUUGAAGAAUGUAAUACUCAAACUCUCAGUGCUUCCUUAUAAUUUCUAAUAGAAUUUUUUAUUAUUGUUAUUAUUAUUGGAUGGGUUUUUUUUGGUUUGGUUGGGUUUUUUGUUUUGUUUUUUGGUUGGUUGGUUGGUCGGUUGGGGUUUUUGUUGUUGUUUUGGGGGGGUGGGAGGGGGGGGGACUGGGUUGGGAGGGUCUUUAUUUUUUUCCUCUGAAAUAAAGCCGUGAUGUUUUCAAAUGAAGCCGUGUGGAUAUUUCAGCGUGCUGCUCCCUGUUGUUUUGAAACAGUUGAAUUGGAGACUCUUGCCAGUGCCGCCCUCUGCCACCCUGUGGCUGUGCUGGGCUCUCUGUCUCGAUCACCUACACAGCACCAUCUCCCCGGCUUGGCUUGGUUAGAGUGGUGAGGGCUUUACAGGGUCAGGGGACAAGACUACACAGAUUAUCGUGAUAGGACUGGAUUUUGUUUCCCCCACCCCCAAGUAAAUGUUCACCCAGUGACCUUGGGCUGGGAUUCUCUUUAGGAUAAGAGGCUACUGUGUUAUAAGAGUCAUAAAUAACUCCUUGUAUUUGCUUAAUUUAUUGUUUAACACCCCCUAACUGCCGAAACCAAAGUGAUACGGAGUCUUGUCUGCAUUUUGGCCUCAGCAUCAUUAACUUCAAAGCUUUAUUCUGUCUGCCUGAGAGGAUCCAUUGAAGAUGAUUCUCCCAAAAAGCAGAAAAAGAAAUGUCAGGUUAGAAGGGCCCAAGUUCUGGGUGCACACUCUUGCAGGCUUCCUACUAACCCAGACUGACUCACACCAUCUAACUGCUCAGUGGUUGUUUAUAGACACUUAAGAAAGACAAGCUGAGCGUGGUCCUCGUCCUAUAGCCAGUUCUGUCACUCAGGUAGAGCCUGAUUAGUCUCAUAGCAUUGGAGGUCACAAACGCCAUUUCCAGGGUGACCUCUUUCUGUGUGCCCACAUGAUGCAAAGGGGUCAAGUUCUAUGCCCUGGACAAAGAAGUAUGUUUGCCUAUGACCCCAUACCAGGGCCUUCUUUCAGAACUAGGAUAGCAUUGUCCUGUCUGUUGGGGAGGAUGGUUUAGAUAGACUGCAGCUCCAGCCUCCUUUUGCUUUGGCCAGCUGGCCUUCUCACUUUGAUACUUUAACUCAGGUACCCAGUCUUCACUCCAUCCCAAUGCUUGUUCACCUCAUAAUGAGCACCUAGAGCAAGGACCAAAAGAAAAAAAAACCCUAAUUAAAACCAAUGCAUAUUCAUGCCAAAACAAAUGGUCCCCAUGCCCGUUUAAAAGGUUAACUUUGUCUGACAAUAUUGCAUCAGCUUUGGGCAAGAGUACCACAGGACGCUAUGACCUUGCUGGGCUAGCAUUUGCUGCUGUAAUUUAGUUGCCCUGGUAUAAAAGAGAACCCACAGGGCUGUGGGAGAGACAAUCCAGUGGCAACCCACUGACUUCUCUCUCCAUUCCACAGGAACCCUAUCUUCCCCGACCCCAAAUGUCACUGUGACCCAUAAGCUGAAAUUGUUUCUAACUGCCUAAAGGCAGUUUCUGUUCUGAAGGAAGAGUCUGGAGCUUCAAAGAGACAGGGAAGCCUGUACUGAUUCCCCAUCUUCCUCUAGCAGACUGUCUUGGGAAGGACCUUCAGUCCUGGACAGGCCCUGUCAUGGCUUCUCACUGUCUUACCCCUGCUCACUCACCAGGCCCACAGUUGUCUGCACUCAGUGCUGCUUGUAACACAUCUGUUAUCCUGCCUACCUGUACUUUUUGCUCCCCAUCCCUGUUGCCUUUGAGUUUCUUGGAAUCGUGGCUGUCCUCGAAAUCUCUUCUGUUCAGCCCUUCUGUAGCCUUGCUCAAUGGUGUUUUUAGCACUUGAUCUGAGAAAAGCUUGCCCAUAAUUUAAUGCUUCUUUUCCUUAAAAAAAAAUCCCACUAAAGGGAAGCAUUUUUUGAUCCCCUUGUCCAUGCUUGUGCCUAGCCCGGGUGAAUGAGGCUGGCUGUGUUGGCCUGGGUGACUUGUGGUUGUAGAGGUGGCCAUCACUCUGCACUGUUGAUGGCUGGCUGCUCCAGUUUUAGGUCCUUUGUAUACUCAGUGUGUCCCGGCAAUGAAGGCUUCCUACUCCUUAAGAGGUACAGUUGGGGGGUUGGGGAUUUAGCUCAGCGGUAGAGCGCUUGCCUAGCAAGCGCAAGGCCCUGGGUUCGGUCCCCAGCUCCGAAAAAAAGAAAAAAGAGGGAAAAAAAAAAAAGAGGUACAGUUGGAUCCAUCACUAAUGGUGUUUCUUUAGCCCCGCCCCAAUUGGCAUAAAUUAUUUGUCACCAGAACAGUGGGGUAACGCCUUCCUCGCCAGCCAUGUCUGACAGUGAGCACGCUUUGGUGUGGUCUUCACUGCGUUUGGUUUUGUUUCUGAUCUUGUGUUCUAAGGUACUCAGUGAAUCCUGGAUUCUGAGUAAGUUCCAGUGUUCUGGCCUUGCAGCCUUGGACAAUACACAUUUCAAACAAAACCAAAUGCUCUUGUCGACAAGCCAGCACAGGCAAAGCGACAGCUCACACAGCACCCCCAGUAGAAUGGGAUCUUGAAUGUGGCUCUGCAAGUUAAACAUCUCUGUGUGUCGUGUAUGCUAGGUGAUACCCUUAGAAGGGACUGACUACUAGACUGUAAGUGUGCUUUAUAAAAGUGUGUAAGACUAAAACUCACGUGCACGAAUCGAAGCGUAAAGAGACGAUACCUAUGAACGUGUGUGAACGUUAACACUGUAGUUGCUAGAUCUUCAGCUGCUAAUUGUUGAGAGAGAAUUCAGUUCUGUUCUGUCUGGCUGCUGUGGCUUCUCAGCAGCACCUUUGCUGUACAUAAAAUGAAAAUAAAGACCUCAGCUAGAAACCUGCCAAUUGA